AUGAACUUUCUAUUUUGCACAAAAAUAUUAAACAAAAGGCUUAAACUCAGGCAGCUGAGUAUAAAAACUCUAAAUGAAGAAGAAUUUUUAAUAGGAACUUUCGUUAUCAUAAUGCAAAAAUUACUUACUCCCCCUUUAAAUCAGAACAAAAAAUAGGUAAAAUAUGAAUUUUUUGGAUAAUUUAGCCCCCUUUAAUUUGGAAAAGAAUUUUUUGUUCCAAUUUAAAGGAGGAAGUUAGGUUUUUAGCUCUUUAUAUGAUAAGCAAUAAUUUGCUUAUCAAUUUAAAGUAUUUUAUAUUCCCAGCAAAGAAUUCGUAG